AUGCCGGUUCCCAGCAGGCACGGCGGCGUCGGGCGCUCGCAGAGCUGGGACGCCGCCGGCUGGUACGAGGGCCCUUGGGAGAAUGCGGACGCCCCGCGGGCUCCGGGGAGGAGAAGCUCCCUGACGUAUGGCCCCGGAGAGGGGGGCUGGGGGGACCCGCCGAGCCACCGGGCGCUGGACGCUGCCCUGCCGGGGCCUGCCGAGCCUUUCCUCUACCGGGAGGCCUUUUACAACUCGGUGGCCACGAGGAAGGGCCCCGUGCCGGACUCGGCCUUCUACGACAGCCGCCAGGCCGCCAUGACCGGCCGCAGCUCGCUCCUGCCCCAGGACUACUACGGCGAGGCGGCCCGGGGGACCCGGAUGUCCAAGGAGCCUCCUCCCUAUUUUCGGGACGCGGGAGUCAGCCGUGCGGUGCCCGCCUACGGAGUGCUGGGCAGCCGCGGGCCGUGGGAGCAGCUACCAGGCCAGGUGCCCGUCCUGCAGGACGCCAGUCACCUGUACCGAGAUCCCGGGGGGAAGAUGGGGCCUGCGGGCCCACGGCCUCCGGGGCGGUACGGGAGGGAGCUGCCCGACCCCCGGCUUGGGGCGGAGGCAGCGGCCUACCCCUCCAACCAGCUGUACAGUGAUGCCGGUGAAAGGCCCGCGGACCCUGCCGCUGCCAGACAGGCGGCCCCCACCUGCCUGGUGGUGGACCCCGGUGCCGCGGCCGCCUCUGACAGCAGCCGCGGCUAUGGGCCCGCGCGGGAGGCCGUCCUCCCCUCCAAGCUGCCUUACGAGUGCGCGGCCGACCUGUGCGCGUUGCCGGGCCCCGGGGGCCGGAGGAGCGUGCCGCCCGAGUUCCUGGCGCUGCUGCGGGCGGAAGGGGUGGCGGAGCCCACGCUGGCCGCCCUCCUGCAGCAAGGCUUCGACUGCCCGGCCGUCCUGGCCACCCUGGAGGACGCGGACGCCAAGGCCGUGGCGCCCAACCUGGGCCAGGCCCGCGUCCUGAGCCGCCUGGCCGGCAGCUUCAGGGCGGAGAUGCAGCUCCGGAGACAGGGCGGCGCUGGGCCCCCACCCCGUGCCCGGUCCAGCAGCUUCAGCCACCGGAGCGAGCCGCUGCCCGGGGACCCCGCCCUGCAGGCCCAGCUGCCGCCGGGGCCCCUGCAGGCCCCCCGGCCCGGAGACCUGGCCCGCCGCCCUGCCAGUGCUCCCUCCCAGCACCUCCUGGAGACAGCGGCCACGUAUUCUGCUCCCCUCCUCCCCCCCAACCCCGGCUACAGCUCUCCCACCCCCUGUGCCCUGACCGUGCGGCUGAGCCCCUCCUACCCACCCCAGGCGGGGGUGGCCUUGACUCACCCCGGCCCCCUGGCCCCCCUUCACCCAGCCCCCCGAACAGCCUACUCCACCGCAUACACCGUGCCCAUGGAACUCCUGAAGCGGGAGCGGAGCGUGGCCGCCUCCCCGCUGCCCAGCCCCCACGGCAGCCCCCAGCUCCCGCGGAAGCCCAGCGCCCCCAGCGAGCCCGCCGCGCCGCCCGUCAGCCAAAGCCUCCACACGCCGCACUCGCCGCACUCUCCGUACCAGAAGGUGGCCCGGCGGACCGGAGCUCCCAUCAUCGUCUCUACCAUGCUCGCCACGGAACCAAGUAUCCGACCCCAGAUCAUGAACGGCCCCCUGCACCCCCGCCCCCUGGUGGCACUGCUGGAUGGCAGAGACUGCACCGUGGAGAUGCCUAUUCUGAAGGACCUGGCCACCGUGGCCUUCUGCGAUGCACAGUCCACUCAGGAAAUCCACGAGAAGGUGUUAAACGAGGCCGUGGGAGCCAUGAUGUACCACACCAUCACCCUCACCAGGGAGGACCUGGAGAAGUUCAAGGCACUCAGGGUCAUCGUGCGCAUCGGCAGCGGCUACGACAACGUGGACAUCAAGGCUGCUGGCGAGCUUGGUAUCGCCGUGUGCAACAUCCCGUCGGCAGCCGUGGAGGAGACGGCCGACUCCACCAUCUGCCACAUCCUCAACCUGUACCGGCGGAACACGUGGCUGUACCAGGCACUGCGGGAAGGCACGCGGGUGCAGAGCGUGGAGCAGAUCCGCGAGGUGGCCUCGGGAGCAGCCCGGAUUCGUGGGGAGACGCUGGGCCUCAUCGGCUUUGGUCGCACAGGGCAGGCAGUUGCUGUUCGAGCCAAGGCUUUUGGAUUCAGCGUCAUAUUUUAUGACCCCUACUUGCAGGACGGGAUAGAGCGGUCUCUGGGCGUGCAGAGGGUCUACACCCUGCAGGACCUGCUGUAUCAGAGUGACUGUGUUUCCCUGCACUGCAAUCUCAACGAACAUAACCACCACCUCAUCAAUGACUUUACUAUCAAGCAGAUGAGGCAGGGGGCGUUCCUGGUGAAUGCAGCGCGCGGCGGCCUUGUGGAUGAGAAAGCCUUAGCCCAGGCCCUCAAGGAGGGCAGGAUACGAGGCGCCGCCCUCGACGUGCACGAGUCAGAGCCCUUCAGCUUUGCCCAGGGUCCACUCAAAGAUGCACCAAAUCUCAUCUGUACCCCGCACACAGCCUGGUACAGUGAGCAGGCCUCACUAGAGAUGAGGGAGGCAGCCGCCACGGAGAUCCGCCGGGCCAUCACAGGUCGCAUCCCAGAAAGCUUAAGAAACUGUGUCAACAAGGAAUUUUUUGUCACAUCAGCUCCUUGGUCAGUAAUAGACCAGCAAGCAAUUCAUCCCGAGCUCAAUGGUGCCACAUACAGGUACCCGCCGGGCAUCGUGGGUGUGGCCCCGGGAGGACUUCCUGCAGCAAUGGAAGGCAUCAUCCCCGGAGGCAUCCCGGUGACUCACAACCUCCCCUCCGUGGCACACCCCUCCCAGGCUCCCUCUCCCAACCAGCCCACAAAACACGGGGACAAUCGAGAGCACCCCAACGAGCAAUAGCAGACAAUGCCGCACGAGGUAACCACUCAGAUAAACUUGGGACCAAGAGACAGUGGCAAAUGGAUGAACUGAGAAAAGGAGUCUGACGGUCUUUCUAACAGAUCCCUGGACAUAUGCAUCAUUGAUGUUGCAGUGUUAACGCUACAGGAGCUAGAAAACAAGAUGUUUGCUCCAGAAGUGCUGAAAGACGAGGACAUGACUUAUUAACGACCAACUUCUGUUAUUGUGUGUUAAGUUUUCAUCUGUGCAUCCAAUCACAAAGAAUAAAUAGAGCUUUUUCCUUUAUCAGUCCCCUGGGCACAGCAGGUCCUGAGCAACUUGCUCGAGAAUGUUGCAUCAAGAGUUCCAAACAUUGAAAUAAAAAUAUUGAGAGGAAACCCCCACCUUGACUCUAGCCCCUUCGGUUUCCAGGGGCUUCUUACCUCUUUUUGCUAAUAGGAAGAUUGAGUUACUACGAAAUGGGGGAAACUGUCUGCCUGUGUCAGACACAUCGGCACACACAGGAACAAAGCCAGUACAGGCCUGUGCACGGAAGUUCUCUCCUCUGAACUGCAUACUGAGCGGGCAAGUUGGUUGUAAGUUCAGUAAUAACCUCUGAUGCAAAAAAAAAAGAAAAAGAAAAAAAUAUUAAGUUUCACAAGCUGUUUGUACUCAAAUCUAUUUUCUCAGUUUCAGAUCCUCAGCUAUUUUAUUGAGUGGGAAGUCUUGAGCUGCUAAAGUUCAAGAAGAAUAAUGUUGCAUUUCCUUAUGUCUCAGGAAACACUUUUUAUGGUAACUUGUCAGAUUGUCUAUGAACAAACCCACUUUUUUAGACAUUGAUAAAUUCUUUUCUUCACGUGAUAUUUUAUACAAGAACACUUCAGAUGUGUUAUUAGAUGUGACUGAUUUUAACAAAUCCUAUUAGAUUUGUAUCAACUAGUUACAUGUUCUAUUCAUAGUCUUUUGUGAAUCAUUGCCUUUUUGUUUAAAAAAGAUGGCCUAUUUUGAGCCUUUGUAUAGGUACAUUCCUGUUUUUGUGACAAAAGAAAAACUUUAAAACUGUCCCAAACAGAAAAAAAUAAUGGCUAUCAGAAGUAUGUUUUGUUUUAGUGUGAGUUACCGUUACUGUAUUUGUUUAUUGUAAAGGUGGACAUUUAGCGUUCAGUGCAGUUUUCAAUAAAAAGUAAUUAAAAUUUGUUAA